AUACAGAACAGCUACAAUAUGAGAUAGAAGACACGUUUACUACUACUAAAGCAGAUGAGAGUAAAGUAUCGCGUAAUAACAAGAGUCUCUGACUCUGACCUGAAGCUCUAAGCUACUUUCCGUGCAUGUGAUAUGUGCAAAUGUAGUACGUGUGCCACGUUGCCCAAAUGCAUACGGUGUACCGGUACUUACCGUAGGCCUACGUGGUUUUCGCUGAACAGAGGUUGAGCUUUUGCAGAGAAAUGAGGCUACUUCGGGAGAGAAUUAGAUGAUUUUAGCAGGACUUGAAAUAAAUUUUUCUCAUUUCAACCACUCUUGUAUUGAACUUUUAUCGUCAACAUAACAUCAUAGCUUGAAAAUGUGUGAAAUCACACUAUUUCUUAGUAUUUUGGUGACGUUUUGUUUGCUUGCCGUUUCGCAAGCUGUUGAAUUGACUUUUGAGUUGCCAGAUAACGCCAACCAGUGCUUUCAUGAGGAUGUGGAAAAAGAUGUGAAAAUCAUUCUUGAAUAUCAGGUUGUAACAGGUGGACAGUAUGAUGUGGAUGUUCUGGUAAAAUCUCCCAGUGGCACUGUGGUCUACAAGGAGAAGAGAAAACAAUAUGACACAUUUACUUGGACUACAGAUCAAGCUGGGACUAUAGAAUUCUGCUUCAGCAAUGAGUUCUCAACAUUUGCACAUAAGGUUGUCUACUUUGACUUCAUGGCAGGAGAUGAAGAUCCUCUUAUUAGAGAUAUUGGAGCUCAUGCUACAGCAUUAACACAGUUGGAGACAUCUUGUGUGACAAUCCAUGAAGCUCUUAAAGCUGUAGUCAACUUCCAGACACAUUACAGGUUACGAGAAGCAAAGGGGAGAGCUCAGGCAGAGCGUCUUAAUCAGAGAGUCCAUCUUUGGUCUUUAGGAGAAUUUAUCUUAAUUCUUAUUAUUGGUAUAGGUCAAGUUAUUGUUCUUCGUAGUUUUUUCACAGACAGAAAAAACAAAACUGGCAGAGCAUAGUUAUUAUAUUUUUCACUGUUUAGUUCUAGGUUGAAUAUAUUUUUGAGAUGUUCUUGUCCCUGUUUUUGUUUAUUGUUUGCUUUGAAAUUAAUGAAAUUUUGUGGUGGUUUGUUGUUGAGAAUUAAAAGUCCAUACCCAAGUUAUUUUACGGUAAAUAUAUAAUUGACAUAACCAAUAUGGAAUGUUAAUUCAAUUACAUUUUAUUCAUAGAAUUAAGGAAAGUUCAUAAAAGUUGCAACAGCCUUUUCUACUGCUUUCCUAAUUUGACUUUCAGAUUAUUUAUGCAAGAAAUCCAGGUUAAUAAUAGAAAUAGGUUUCCUGUAAACUUUCUGUCACAUUUUUUCGCCAUUUAAUCACUUGUUAUUUUGUAGCAUUAACCUUGUCCACUUUUCUUUAAAGGACAAUCUGACCAAAGUAGUUCAUUUUUUAAAGAAAAAAAAAUGCAAAUUUGCAUAGGGGAUGAAGUUUUAAAAUAGAUCAGACCAAUUUCUUUGGAAAUAUUAUGUAAGAGAGUCAAAAGGGGCCUAAGCUUUCGAUCCUAGCAGAAUCUUCUUCAGAGGCAAAAUGACAAACAUAUAAGGUGGAAAUAUUAUGUAGCUGGGUAAGUCUAUCUAGUUGGGUGGAUUUUUGUGACAUACCAAAAAAAAGUGUAUCUUUGAAACUAGGCAAAUAUCUUCCAAUGAUAAGUUCAGCAAAUAUUGGUGUCCCACAAAGGUUUUCUUAUUAAACAUGAUGUUGUGCAACUUAAGACCUGUCAAUUUAUUGCCAGUGAUAUAUCGUCGGCGGUCAUCCAAACUGUUGUAUCACACAUACGACGGUGCAAGCCCAUUUCAGAGAAAAUCAACUUCAAAGUUUACUAUAAUUUUUACAUCUAGUUUCCCAGCCAUAAAACAUAUUCAUUGCUCUAAAAAUACAUGGUUGGAAAGACCAAGAAAAUUGCUUGACAUUGGUAUCUUUAUUUUCACACAAAAGUAAGGAUCCAAGAAAAUUUUGCAAAAGAGCAGAAAAUUUAAGAGCUACAUGCUUUUAAUUUUGGUUUGAGUGACUUAGAUUUUCCCUGUACAAAAACACCAUAGGGAAAGAGCGAUACAAUGUUUUGACUGACUGCGAUUUCAAUGCUCCCAAUCGGUGAAAACGUAUUGCUUUUCACAUGCAAAGUCUAUGCAGUGCCCAGUGCUGGUACAUGUACAACGGUUUGGUUGACCGCGCGCAUUGAAAUCAUGGUCAGUCAAAACGUCGUAUCGCGCUGUUACAGUACACGUUUCCAAUGGUAUUUGCGCAUUUUAUUGAAUAUUUGUUUGGCAUCACCCUGGAAAUCCUCUCAUAUCUUGGAAAAUAAAAUAAAUUGCUGCCUAAAAAUUACGUUAUGAAUAGAGUAGGACUUUCUGCAAAAAUCUCAAAAUUGAUUUUUGACCGAAAUGGACUGAUAUGACAAUUUUGAUGACUGCUUUUACCCAACCCAAUUAACUUAGCUUCUCCUGUUUCCUUGGGUAAUACUCAAAUAUAUCUUUAAAAGGCCUUGGUUCACUUUUAAAAAUCUUGCUGAUUAAUGCAUAUUCACAUAAUUACAGUAUCUUGAUAUAUGAGAAUUGUUCAGCACCAUUUCAGUUAUUUUGAUGUACCUAUAUUGUUUACAUUUUAUGAAUGUAAUUAUAUAAGUUACAAAGAAAAUAUCUUAUUAAUUGUCCACUUCUACCAUAUUAAUUAUCUUGAUGCAUAUAGGUUUCCUUUAAAAAAAAAAGGUUUGUUUCACAUGAAUUGUUAUUUUGAUGUAGUCCAAUGUAUUCAGAAGAAAUAAUAAGUUUAAAUGGGUAUUAAUUCUGUUUAAAAUACAUAGUUCCAUGCCAUUUAUUGCAAGGUAUACAGGUUAGUCUAAUUAAAGGAAAGGUGAUUUAUUGAUAAUUUUGUGUGCCGUUCCCAGUAUUACGAUCAUUGCUUUGGUUUAGUAUUGUUUCAUUAUUUUUCUUUCUAAACAAAUACUAGUAGUACAUACAUGUACCAGCUGACAAUGAAAUGUCAAAUCUCCUCAUCCUCCUCGGACCAGGCAUUACAGAAAGAUUGAUUUCUAUUUUUUCCAAAAGCAGAAUCAUAUUACACGUAACAUGUAUGAAAGCAAAUUUUGGAGUCCGUAUGCAACAAAAAAAUAUCUUUUCCUCAUUAUUACUAAUUGAAUUUAAACAAAGGCAUAUACAAGCUGUAUAGUGAACUAAAACUUUGAAUGUUUGUCAGAUUGGGCAAUAUUGUUUAAUUUUGUAGUAGGAAGUUUUGUUUGUCUUUAAUGUCAAAUGUGUGUUUACAUGUAUGUGGUGAAUCAUAAAGUUCUGUGAACUUGCUGGCUGUUAUGUACAGUAUGUGAUAUUAUAUGUAAUAGCACAUCUGAUGGAAGAUAUACUGCAUGAAGACAUACAUUAUAUAGUUACUCUUCAUUUGAUAUAGAUGUUUAGGACAAAUGAUUCUUGGUAUUUAUACUUUCAUUGAGCAUUCUACUCAGUGGCGUAUCUUGGAGAAAAAAAAAUGUCAGGGCAAGCACUGAUAUCAUAUCUCUUAAAUUCUGGUGUUAGGAUAAAGUGGUUUUUUGCUUGUUUAAGUAAUUAAACUUACAAGUAUUUAUUGUUAUUUUUUGAUGGCACCAGGGGAAAUCGCCCACUCGCCCCCAAGAUACGACAUUGACAUAUAUGUCUUAAUGAAUUGUCUUUUAUUAUCUUUAUAUCAAGGUGUAAAUUUACAUUUCCUUUUUUUUUGGAAUCAUUUAACAAACAUUUGUAAAUAGAUAAGAAGAUAAGAGAUAUUUUGUAUAGUUCUUUGUGUGUUUAAAUAUCAAGAGAAUGAGGUCAUAUGUUACAAUUUAGAAAAUGUUUUAUGUAGACUAAUAAUCACGUGAUCAUCUUCACUUUAGCCUCGUCUUGUCUCAAAGAGUAUGAACAUUGUGUACAUGUAUUUAUAAAUAAUGCUUUCACUAUUAUUAUGCUAUGCUUGAAUAUCCUUUGUGAGUAGGCCUUUUUGUAUAGAUAGCUAUUGUGAAAUUGUAUGGAUCAUAUUGUUUCGUCUCUACCAAUACCAAUAAUCCUACGUAUUUGUUGUUUAAGUGUAGAUCUCUUCACAGAUGCAUACUUGGUUUGGUUGGUUUGCUUGCAUGAUUUGAAUUUCCAGUGUAAGAUUUUUUCAUGUUGAAUUUCAUGAUUUUCAUGAACCCUUCUUUCUAUGUAGGUAUCAUGACAUGACCAAUGAAGAGCAGCGUUUUCCGAUUUGCAUGUAUUUCUGGUUUUAGGAUACAUAGUAGUUAAUGAGGGGAUGUAGUCAGCUCAUUCAGGGAACCUGUCUUAAAGCACUGAUUAGCAAACUGAAGAAUGCAUGACUUUCAUUCUAUUAUUCUAUAGUACAUUUGUAUAAUGAUAUCACUUUGGUUAAAACUAUUUCUUACAAUUAAAACCCUCUUUUUUCUUGGAGAGAUAAUCGGAUGAAUAUAGUUGUAAUGAUUUUAUCAAAUUAAAGUUGAUUGGAUCUCUGA